AUGACACGAGAACAGUAUAUACUAGCAACACAGCAGAAUAGCCUGCCAAGGGCGGAGAAUGCACAGCUGUACCCAGUGGGGAUUUAUGGAUGGCGAAAGAGGUGCUUAUACUUCUUUGUCCUUCUGCUGUUGGUUACCAUGAUAGUUAACUUAGCUAUGACCAUAUGGAUAUUGAAAGUUAUGAAUUUCACUGUGGAUGGUAUGGGAAAUCUGAGAGUCACCAAGAAGGGAAUCCGACUUGAAGGUAUAUCUGAGUUUCUACUUCCAUUGUAUGUGAAAGAAAUUCAUUCCCGAAAGGAUAGUCCACUGGUCUUACAGUCUGACAGGAAUGUAACAGUGAAUGCAAGAAAUCACAUGGGGCAGUUAACUGGACAGCUGACCGUAGGAGCUGAUGCUGUGGAAGCUCAGUGUAAAAGAUUUGAAGUGAGAGCGAGUGAAGACGGCAGGGUGCUGUUUUCUGCAGACGAAGAUGAGAUUACCAUCGGUGCUGGGAAGCUGAAAGUUACAGGCACUGAAGGAGCAGUAUUCGGACACUCUGUGGAGACGCCUCACAUCAGAGCGGAACCUUCCCAAGACCUCAGGCUGGAGUCACCAACCAGAUCCUUGAUAAUGGAAGCUCCUCGAGGGGUCCAGGUGCGAGCAGCCGCCGGAGACUUCAAGGCCACCUGCAGGAAGGAGCUCCACCUGCAGUCUACAGAGGGGGAGAUAUUUUUGAAUGCGGACACAAUUCGGCUGGGAAAUAUGCCGACUGGCUCUUUCUCAUCUUCACCCAGCUCUUCAAAUGCCCGACAGACGGUGUACGAGUUGUGUGUGUGCCCCAACGGCAAACUCUACCUUUCUCCAGCGGGGGUGGGUUCCACCUGUCAGUCCAGUAGCAACAUCUGCUUGUGGAGCUGA